UACCGUCAAAUCAUCCCGAAUUGUGGGGGUACCAUCAAAUCAUCCCGAACCCACUGCAGAUCAUGCUGUGUGCGGUCAUAGAAUGUGCCAUGAAAUCAUCCCUGUAUAUCCCAAAAUUCUUGAUAAGUCAUCAGGUCCGAACCGGGGUUGAAUCAACUUACUGACGAUCUUGCAACAAAGGGGGUACGGACCGCUACUUAAAUGACAUGCUCCUCGUCUUGCAGUGUUCUAAGUUCAUUGCGAUCUUGUACCAUUUCCUAUAUCCUCUCCUCAUACAAAACUCAUUUCUAAGAUGGCUGGGCUGAGGGUAGCUGUUUAUACCGUUCCCCCAAUCCCGUGCGUUGACCAUGUCUCUCAUCGCGAAAAUACCACAUGGUCGCCAGAAACCUGCACUCUGAUUUUCUCACCAAACGAAGCUGUUCUCGUCGAUACGGGAAUCACAAUCAACCAGAACAAGGACUUGAUCAAGUGGAUCGAGGCAACUGCACCAGGACGGAAGCUGGCCUACAUCUACAUCACGCACGGCCACGCAGACCAUUUCCUAGGACUCCCUCAGCUGCUGGAACGCUUUCCAGAGGCGCAGCCCGUGGCAACCGAAGGCACUGUCCAGCAUAUAAAACAGCAAAUUGCGGAACCGUAUUUCACCUCGAGCUGGGUGGCCUUUUUCCCGGGAGGCCAACUUGCUACUCCAGGGCCGCUUCCGAAACCGCUUCCAAAGGAUAACAAAUUUGUAUUGGCCAACCGAUGGACCUUCGAGGCUAUUGAGUGUGGACAUUCCGACACCUUUGACUCCACCGUGCUCUGGGUCCCAGAUCUGAGACUUGCGGUCUGCGGGGAUGUUGUAUACGGCAAUGUUCAUCAAAUGCUUUUCGAGGCGAACUCUCCAGAGAAGCGACAGGAGUGGAUCAGAGCAGUGGAAAAGGUCGAGGCACUCAAUCCAGCGUAUGUGGUACCUGGACAUCGAAACGCGGAUGAGAUGGAUGGCGUUUGGCAUUUGGAGUCAACCAAGAAAUAUAUCCAAGAUUUCAUUGAUCUGUUGGAUGAGAAGCCCAGCAGUACAACUGAACUGUACUCUGCAAUGCUUGCAAAGUAUCCGGACCGAUUCAAUCCCAUGGUCCUCGGUUGGGGCUGUCAUGGAGCCUACGUGUCUGGCGAAGUGCCCUCAGCUAGCUGAGUAUCCUCGACAAGCGAAGCACACAGAAAUUUAUUGUCUUUUUAAUAUCGGCUAGUAGAGG